AGGAAAUGGGCGUACCUGACGGCCAUAGCCCAGACGGAUGUUAACGGUGUAGCUAUAUAGCGUGAACCAUAACAGCUUGGUUAUAUUUUCUAUUUUACAGGCAGGAUCACUCUCAUCAUGGCUUCUUCAGUACCCAUUAAGAUUGGAAUCAUUGGUGGUUCAGGUCUUGAUGAUCCUGAUAUCUUGGAGGGUAGGACUGAGCGUUAUGUGGACACACCAUAUGGAAAGCCAUCAGAUGCUCUGAUACUGGGGAAGAUCAAAAAUGUGGAAUGUGUGCUUCUCGCAAGGCAUGGGCGACAACACACCAUAAUGCCAUCCAAUGUGAACUACCAGGCCAACAUCUGGGCUUUGAGAGAGGAAGGCUGCACACAUCUGUUGGUUACCACAGCUUGUGGCUCACUGCGGGAGGAGAUUCAGCCUGGAGACAUUGUCAUUAUAGAUCAGUUUAUAGACAGGACUACCAAGAGAGCUCAGACUCUGUUUGACGGGCAGGCCACCAGUCCUCCAGGAGUGUGCCACAUCCCCAUGGCUGAGCCUUUCUGCAACAGAACCAGAGAGGUUUUGGUGGAGGUGGCGCGCAGCCUGGGGAUCAAGUGUCACGUACGAGGGACCAUGCUGUCCAUCGAGGGGCCUCGCUUCUCCUCCCGGGCGGAGAGCCUGAUGUUCCGUCAGUGGGGCGCUGACGUCAUCAAUAUGACAACCGUGCCGGAGGUGGUCCUCGCCAAGGAGGCUGGCCUGUGCUAUGCCAGCAUCGCCAUGGCAACAGACUACGACUGUUGGAAGGAACAUGAGGAGGCGGUCUGUGUUGACAAUGUACUCAACAUGAAGGAGAAUGCCAACAAAGCCAGCAGUAUCCUGCUCACUGCAAUACCUCAGAUUAGUCAGAUGGACUGGGCUCUGACAAUGACGACCUUGAACUCAACAGCACAAUCUUCAGUAAUGUUACCAAAACACUAAGUGUGCAGCAAACAAUGAAGUAGAAUCGGACAAGGAUCCAACACCCUUCUGGCACCAACACGGACCGCAGACUACCUCUGCCUCAUCAUUGAACUCAAGAAAGUGCCUCACAUAAGUAACGCACGCACUCUGUCUUCAGCCGGAGUUUUCAACUGUCUUUUCUUUCUUCAAGUAUAAGCACACCAUCUCACCCUCAGUCCUCGUAUUAGUCAUGAUCAGUCUGUUUCUUUGACCCACUCAACCAGUAUUUUCUUUCCCCAGCUUAUGUUACUCAGCUUGGGGUCCCGGCUUAUACCGUUUAACUAAAUCAACAAAGAUUCAAGGUCCUUUGAGAUUAAGCUACAUAUUUCCUGAGCUACAUACAUUUCUGGUUCUAGUGUUUCAAAUGUAUAAAUUGUUACCUGUGAACCAUUGGUGUCUUCAUAGUGGUUUAAGCAGUGUACAAUAAAUUGUUUUAAGGGUAGCACAUGAAUACUGACUGCCUUAGUCAUGAUUGGUAUUUUACUUUUGUAUCAAACGUAUUCAUUGGUUUAUCAGUAGUAUGCCUGCUAAACUUCUUUUGAGCAGUUUACUAAGUAAAGUCUUCUAUUAUUCAUCAUUUUUGACUUAAAACUUUUUGAAUAAUGGUUUAAAAUCCCAAAACCUUUUAUGUACAAGUGGUAAUUUAAGCUGUUCACACAGUUUUUCCAGUAAAAUCUGAUAUUGAUGCUCUUCAGUACUUUUGAAAAACGUGUCUCAAUUGAAUUCAUGUAUUAAUGGAACAAAAAGGUGGUAAGACAUUUUUACAUUCCUAAUGUAGCAGUGACAGACAUGUAUCACCACGUUUGCCUCAGCUGAAACCAAUUACACUGCCACUAUCUGAAA